AAUUAUUCUCACACCGUUUAUUUCACACGCCGUUAUCCUCUUCAAAAUGUCUACAUCCGAAAAAACCGCAUUACCUGGAAAUCCUUGGCCAUAUUCUAUGGGCUACGAUAAUGCUCCCGAAGUCCUUGAACCAGUCUCCUUGACCGUCAAAGGAACCAUCCCACCUUGGCUUGAGGGUGCAUUGUAUCGGUCCGGACCUGGUUCUUACGAUCUUAAGUCGGAGUCUGGAAAAGAUGUCAAAAUUCAGCACUGGUUUGAUGGGCUUGCUCAAAUUCAUAGAUAUGAGAUUCAGAAAGGUGGCCGAGUCUCGUAUAGAUCCCGUAACACUUCGGAUGAUCUUCGAGAGCGAUAUAAAAAAGCCGAGAGAGUGACAGGUGUAACCUUCUGUCAACGUGAUCCUUGCAAGACCAUCUUUCAAAAGUUUUUCACAACAUUCAAGACUGCAACCCUGGGUGGAGCUCCAAUCUCAGGCACCGACACUAACGUCGCCGUUAUCCCUACAAUCAAUUUCCCGGGCUUCAAAGAAGAUCCAGCCAAGAGGCACAAAAGCAAUGACGGCAAAACCGACUCAAAUGUCCGUAACUUCGUCAUGAACACGGAUGGUAAUGUCUUGCAGGAACUUGAUCCAGUCACAUUAGAGCCCAUCCGCCUAUUCACCUACGGAGACAUCGAUGAUUCACUCAAAGCCAGCAAUUUGGCGCCAGCUCAUCCAUGCGUGGACCCCGAUACGAACGAGCAUUAUACAGUCUUGUUAACUUUUGGCCCAACCUCUGUCUACAAAGUCGUCCAGAUCCGAGAGUCUAUGAAAGGAAGGGCCCACGAACCUGAUUUGGAUAUCCUAGCUGAAAUUAAAUCACCUCGCCCUUCAUACCUACACAGCUUCUGUAUGACCAAGCGUUAUGUUGUUGUAGCACAUUGGCAGUGUGAUUUCGCCGCAUGGGGAAUGAGCGUUCUAUGGUAUGGUAAUGCCUGGGAAUCCUUCAAGGCUCAUGACCCCACUCUCAAGUCUUCCUUUUAUGUUGUGGAUCGCCUUCGGGGACGACAUGUGGCCACAUUUGAAUGUGAUCCUUUUUACGCCUUCCAUAGUAUCAAUGGAUUUGAUGAUGGGGAUGACAUUGUCCUCGAUAUUGCUGCAUACAAGGAUCAUACUGUUAUUGGCGAUUACUACAUUGAAAACCUCCGUAAUGAGACCCAUGGCAAGCCCACACAGCAGGCCAAGUUGCGUCGCUACCGUCUCAAAGAUGUGACCAAGCAAGCGUCACUCUCUGCAGCUUCACCUCGUGAGCAGCCAACACCCGUUCCUGCGCUUAUAGACUUUGAACUGGACGAAGCCAUCAACUUUGAAUUACCCUCUAUCAAUCCCAGCCGAUAUCUCCGCAACUAUCGCUAUACGUAUGGUGUCAACCGCUCAGGCUUGAACCGGACCCUAAUCUAUGAUCGCCUCAUCAAAGUAGAUCUAGACAAGAUCAAGAAUGGUGACCAAACUAAUGCUGCCAAGUUCUGGAUGGAAGACAAGUGUACGCCCUCGGAGCCCGUCUUUGUGCCUACCCCAAAUGCUACAGAGGAAGAUGAUGGUGUGCUAUUAUCGAUUGUCUUGGACGGUGGCCGCCGCUCGGGAUUCAUGUUGGUCCUUAAUGCUCAGACCAUGGAAGAGAUUGCAAGGGCAGAGAUGCCAGCAGGCAAGAUCCCACCACACAACUUCCACGGAGUAUUCGUACCAAGUGUUUAAAUGGUUUAAAUGUCUAUAAAAAAAAAGAGAAACCCCUCUUCCAAAGAUGCAUCGAGGGAUAUGAGAAUGGAGUUUGGUACAUUGUGUUGUC